GGAAAUUAUUGAGCUUAUUUUAAUCUAUUAUGUGAUUAAUUGAUUUAUUGCUUCUGAUGAAACUUCUGAUUUAUUAAAGAAUGUUUUUUAUCAAAGAAAAUAAUUUUUAAGGAUAACUCUUCCUUUUUUUUAGGUCCAGGUGAGCAUCCCAGGUGCUUCUCCUAGGAACACUGAACUUCCUGUAAAUAUGGAUUUUGCAGCAGUGAAAACACGCCAGAGUUCGGAUGUGAUCUGUUUGAUGUCAGAAGAUGACGAGGACGUGGUUUACAUGUCGACGGAUCAGAAACCCGAUCUGAAGCAGGAGGCUCAGGUGAAGGAGCAGAUCCAGCGCCUGGACAAGCAGAUUCCCGCAAACGAUUUGGUAAACUUCAUCAGAACUUACUUCCAGGAUGAAGUUUACUCAGCGGAGCCGGAGGACAUCAUGGCGGCCGUCACCGACCGGCCGUACUGUGUCUACCUGUACGUAGGUGUGGAGCUGGGCGCGGGACGCAGCGCCAGCGUCCUGCUGAUCGGAUACUUCGAUGAGCAUUCAUGCCGAAGCGUGGUGAAGCUGCUGCACACUCUGCAGAUGAGCACCGACAGCGCCGACCCUCACCAGCCGAUGGACACGGAUGCCAUGGCGCGCGUCGCCGACUCGGACGCCUGGCUGCUGGUGGAGGCUCUGAGGAAGUACGAGCUGGCGCUGUCCAACCUGGCGGCGUUCUACUGCAGCACGCCGCAGCCGGGCCUAAGCCGAGUGUUUGUGUCCCGGCUGCAGGCGUUCAGCCCCAAGCUGGUGUCGCUCUGCAGCAUCCCGGGGAUCGCGGAGCGCACCUGCCAGGCCGGACUCACCGCUGCCUUUAGCCACACCGUCGACCUCAUUGCAGACGUCCACCGCCACUACUCCAUCUGCCCGUCCAUCAACGACAGCCUGAAGGAGGUGUUCGCCGACACCGGGCCUCACGUCCCACAGUAUCUGUUCCUCGCCCACAGCGUGCAGAAGAUGGCUGCCCGGUGGCAGGACCUGCGGGAGUAUUUUAAAUCGCUGAAUGAGGCGGAGGCGUCUAUCCGGAGCCGUCUGCUGGACGAUGCGGUCCGGCUGCAGUUCCUGUUCCUGUCCCACGCCUUGGAGCCCCUCAGGGCGCUGAGCGAACUGCAACAGGCUGGGAUCGCGGAUCUGAGCGUGGAGCUGCAGCUCACCUCCAUCCUGAUGCAGUCCUACACCACCAGCAUCUGCCGGCCGCACGCCGUCGACCGCUUCCUCCUAGGGCGGGAGCUGGACCUGCUUCACGGCGACGAGCUGCUCCCCGUGGCCGAGGUGAACGUCGGGCCGCGCGCGUCGGACUUCAUGUGGGCCUUCGGGCCGAGUCUGGGGGAGCAGAACCUGGCCCGGUUCCUAAAGGACGCCCAGGUGUUCUACAGAGCCGCUCUUCAGAGUCUGGUGGAGAGCAUUCCUGGCCCGCUUGGAGACGUGACGCUCAGGAACAUCGGGCUGAUGCUGAAAAAUCCAGGAAGUAUCACAGAGAAACAUUUUCCCUGGGAGGUGUUGUCAGUGAUGGCCGUCCAGCUGGGGCUCUGCGCCGCCGGGCCUCCAGAGGUGGAGCUGGAACGCAGCUGCUGCGAUUUCAGGAAGCUCGUCCAGGAACAGAGCAGCAGUGACGAAUGUAGCAGCUGGGUGAAGAUCUUGAACAAAAUUAAACCGUGGCCCACUCUGCACAAGCUGUUUCUGACCCUCCUGGCGCUGCCCAGCUCUCUGCACCAGACACAGGUGUUUGCUAAGGUGAGUUUUAACGUGGCUGCUACAAAAGCUAUAUUGAAUUCACAUUUAAUGAAAGAAUGGGCCUACAAGUACCUGAAAAUCCCUCCCUACACUGAGAAAACUCCCGUGGCCUCACCGUACCUGGAGGUUUGGGGACAACGAUCUCCAGUCGGUAGGAAGAAACUGGCUGCUUUGGAGGCUUUUAGCUACCAGAAAGUCACAGUGAAACAUGAUGAGAGUUCAUCAGAGGACGAUAAGAGUCCUGCAGCGAAGCCUCUAAUAUUUCAGAAGAUGAAACAUAACAGGAGUGUGGAUGAGAUGGACUACACAGACAAUUCCUCAGAUGUGAUUGACAUCACAGAAGAGCCCGUGAAGUCUCCGGCCGGCCAGCGGACAAAGACGAGUAAGACGAUAAACGUGAAUCUUUUCUACAUCUUUCUGCUUCGCUGCAAGUCCUGCUCAUUUAGUGCCGCUUUGCAGGGGGAGCUGGUUUGGGGUCAGAUCGAGGGUUUCUCCCCGUGGCCUGGCAUCAUCGUCCCCUUCAAAGGCCAGGUCCAUCUUCCUCAGAAAAGGAUGGUGGAGUGGUACGGCCAGAGAAUGUGCUCUCAGGUCAGUGUCAAGUCUCUGAAGCCGUUUGCUGCAUUCAGCCAGUAUUUCUGCGCCAACUCCUUUGCAACCCUGGUCACCUACCGAGAGGCCGUCCUCUUGUCGCUGCAGGAGGCAGCGAUGCGCUGUGGGAAGAAGUUUUCUCCUUUGCUCCAAAACAGUGAAGAGGUUCUGAAGCAGGUUCUGGACUGGGCGUUCGGAGGCUUUCAGCCGACCGGUCCGGAUGGACUCAAACCCAAACAAGGUGUUGUUAAAACAUACACCAGGCCAAAGGUGAAGAAGAAACUUUUUGAAAAGUCCAACCCAGCUCCUGCCUCCUCCACUCUGACGGAGAACAAAGAUGGCGUCGAGAUGAAACACGUAGCCGUCUUACUCAACAGACUGUCAUGCGCUCCCAUAGAUCCGCCCUCCAGCUCCAAAACCAAUGGUACCAAUCCAGAAACCGGACUGGGUUCUGCUGGAAAAAGGUCCAAACCUCCGACUCCCUACAGCGGGAAGCAGGGAAAGGAAAGAUCCCAGAUGGAGAAGGACAAGUGGGACGCAGAGUGGGACCAGGUGAAAAGCAAAUGGCAGAAACAGAAAGUCCGAGGACGGAGCCUGAAGAAGAGCUACAGCUGGCUGUCUGGAGAGGAUAACGACAUGUCGCCCGACUUUGUGCCACAGAGGAAGAAGAGCUACACCAAAACGUACAAUAAGGUCAACGUGACGAGUGGCGUGUACACGCAGCCGGACCAGAAAGUCAGAGAGAAGACCAUCAAUCAGAUCCUGGACUUAAACCUCGACAUCGAAGAUUUUUGUGUGUGCUGCGGAACCAGAGAAAUCCAGAUUUCCCACCCGCUCUUCAAAGGAAGUCUCUGUUUGAAGUGCAAAGAUAACUUCAUGGAGACGCUGUACCGCUACGACGAAGACGGAUACCAGUCCUACUGCACCAUCUGCUGCUACGGCAUGGAGGUCAUUCUCUGCGGACAAGACGGCUGCCACAGGUCUUUCUGUGAGGACUGUCUGAACAUCCUGGUUGGUCCAAAGACGUUUGACUCUCUGAAGGUCGUGGACCCGUGGAUCUGUUACCUGUGCCAGCCCCACCAGCCGCACGGCGCGCUGGUGCCCAGGGAGGACUGGAGGUUUCGCAUCCAGGAGAUGUUUGCCAACAACAGCGCCAUGGAGUUUGAGCCUCAUCGGGUCUACCCGUCUGUCCCCACCAAGAUGCGCCGACCGCUGCGGGUUCUGUCGCUGUUCGACGGGAUCGGAACAGGCUAUUUGGUGCUGAAGGAUCUCGGCUUUAAGGUGGAGAAAUACGUCGCCUCCGAGGUCUGCGAAGAUUCGGUUGCCGUGGCAACCAUCAACCACGACGGAAAGAUCAUCCAUGUUGGAGACGUCCGAUUCGUCUCCCAGGAGCUGCUGGAGAAGUGGGGGCCGUUCGAUUUACUGAUCGGUGGCAGCCCCUGCAACGAUCUGUCCAUCGUAAACCCGCUCAGGAAAGGCCUCUAUGAAGGCACCGGCAGACUGUUUUUCGAGUUUUACCGCAUCCUGCAGCUGCUGAAGCCCAAAGAGGACGACGAGCGGCCGUUCUUCUGGCUUUUCGAGAACGUCGUUUUCAUGAAUACGCACGACAAAGUCAACAUCUGCCGCUUCCUGGAGUGCAACCCUGUGCUGGUGGACGCGGUCAAGGUGAGCCCUGCGCACCGAGCUCGAUACUUCUGGGGAAACAUUCCUGGGAUGAGCAGGCCCAUCAUCGCCUCCCAGAAAGACAAGUUGAACCUGCAGGACUGUUUGGAGCUCGGCAGAGAAGCCAGGGUAACCAAAGUGAGAACGAUCACCACAAAUCCAAACUCCCUGAAACAGGGGAAGGACGUGUCUUUGCUGCCGGUCGUGCAGAACGGGAGAGAGGACAUCCUCUGGAUCACCGAACUGGAAAAGAUCUUUGGUUUCCCCAAACAUUACACCGACGCGAGGAACAUGAACCGGCAGCAGCGGCAGAAGCUGCUGGGCAAGGCGUGGAGCGUGCCGGUCAUCCGUCACCUCUUCGCCCCGCUGAAGGAGUACUUCGCCUGCGAUGAGCUUCCUCCCAUCGCCGCCUCCUGCGUCUCCGCCGCCAGCACCGCGCCGUCCUCGCCCAACUCCCCAGACCUGCAGCAGCUCCGAUAGAUCCGGAGCUACGUCACGGUUCUGUUUCCUAUAUCGGAACGCUGAACUAUGUAGUGAACGUUGGGUGAAUGUAAAUCACUAUUUAACAGUUUAUUAUCUUUACAAUAAGUCUGUUGGCUUUCUACACUGCCGUCAACUCAGUACUCUAAAUUUUAACUAAAUAAUCUCCGUAUUUUGUGCAAUUAAUCAUUUAAUUUUCUGCCUCUGAUAGGCAGCUGUUUUCCUCAGGAAAUGUGUAUGAAUGCAUCAGUUACAGUUUUUAAGACGGAUGAAACAACCUCAUGGUUGAUGAAAUAUUUUUGGGCUGCAUCUGCAGAAUGUGAAUCAUGUGAUGCUUUUUAAAACUACUUGACUGUUUUUAUAAGACUGUUGCGUGUUUGUAACAUUUGAGUGUUGCUUUUUUAAAAUCUAAAUUAAUUUUGGGUUUGAGAUCUUCAUUUGGAGGACUGAUCCUGCCAAAAUUAGCCAAAACCUGUGGAUAAAAAUUUAAGAAAGUAAUUACACCAAAUAUUGCAACCAAAAAAAUUAUUAAAGUAAAUAAAAACUUUCCCAACUUAUCUGAUUAUGCAAUACAACAUGAAUUAUUCGUUUAGUUAACAGAAGGGUAAAAUAUACAAAAAGGAAAAAUUACAGAAGAGAAUAAAUGUAUGAUUUAAAAAGUGGCAGUAAAUUAAAAUGUGACUGAAUAAAUACACAAUUUGUCAAAAUCAAGUGAUCAAACAACAAAAAAAAUUAUAAAAAUGUAGAAAAAAAAUUUAGAAGUUAAAAUUAUGAAUAAAAAUAUUUUAUGACCAUAAUAAAAUAAGUUGGGAAAGUUAUUUUUAUUUUUUGAUUGUGAUAUUUGGCACAUUAUCAAGGAAUUUAUUUAUUUCUGUCUUCAGUGCCAAUUUUGGCAGGAUGAGUAUUCCAUACUCUGAUCAUUGCUUAAUGAAUAGGCAAAAACAAUCAUUUGAAUUUUGUAAAUCUGCAGUCAUGAGAGUGACGGACAGUUGUGGUGCGUAAAUCUACCUCAGUAUUGACCCUCAGUGCCUUAAACAAGCCGUCCAGUGCUGUUUACCUGCAGAUCCGUUUGGGUCAUAACUGGUUACAAACUGAGCUAAAAUGUUUAGAAAAAUGUUUAAAUGACUUUAUUCCAACUGCUGAACCAAAAAACAUCUAACAUACAUCCAUUUCCUUUUUAUUUCUGUGAAUUUUAUAAACACGGUUUGAUGCAUUUCUACAAAAAUCAUGUUGAUGCACUUUCAUUUUUUAAGCUAGAAAACUAAACUUAAUGAGAGAAACAAGAAUAAGACGACAAAAUGCAAAAGAUGUUCUGAAUAUGUCCAAACCCUCUAGAUUCACCCUGUUUGUGGUUCCAGUAGAUUUAUUAAAUGUCUUUUAGUUUUUUUCUGCAGGAUAAAUCUGUUAUUAAAGCUUUUAAAUCAGUAUUGGAGCAAACAGAACAAUCAAGUAACUGAGGAAUCAUCCUUUUUUAUUACGUUUCUUACAAACUACUGUAGUUUAGCUGCUUUUUGUUAUCAUGAUUCCUUUUUAACAGACAUUAUUGGUAAUAUUGUCACUGACAGAAAUGUUACGAAUGAAAUUGAAAUGUUGGUUCCGAUGUUUACAUUUUAUGCUUUUUCUUGUUUUUUAUGUUUAAUGUCAAAAGUCCUGAUUUGUGGGACUGUGAUCCAUUUUAUUGGUGGAUCUUUUCUUUUUUUUU